GAUCAUCUCUCGUUGACGCCGUUAUCUCAACCCAAGCGUGUUGCAUUUGCAGUUGUUUUGCCUUCUUGGCAGGGUCAGCAGGGGAUUGGUGUUGCUGCUUCAGAGAGUCAGCGUCGAUCUGUUGCAGCGUUAUCCACUUUCUUCUAUGAACUCUCAUUGGCCUUUGAAAACUGCAUGUUCGGUCGCCAUUAUCCUUACUUCCAACCGAAGGCAGGCAACCCCGAAUCAGCCUUCAUACACGUACAGUGUGCUUUCCCGCAUAAAGACGAGAACGACUUUUCGCAGACGAAUGCUUCACGCCACUUUCUUAAAUCCAGUGGCAGUGGUUCUGGCGGAGGUGUUCACUUUCCAGAUACUCUUCUCCACUGCCUCCACCAUUACAAGACUGGCGUCAUUCAAGCUGUGCGGAAGGCGCUGUCCGAGCGAGGAGUUGCCAUGCCGGAUGGUCAUUGUUCACCGAUUUUGGCGCCGUUCGCUGGACAACAAGAAAAGUCUUCUCCUGGUCCGCUUGUUAUCGCUUCCAAAAGCGGUCCUCUCAACGGCCAAGGGCCGCUCACCACUGCCUUCGACUUUUAUCGCGGCACCGAGCUUGACGUACAUCUGGUCAUCUAUCUCGUAGAGCCAUUCACUCAGCAUUUCGAUAUGGACGAUGAGCUGCGCAACCUAACGACUCGAUGUAUGGCGGAGGCUGCCAGCCGCAUGGUCGCCCAGUUGCCGGCUUCUUGGCGUCAGCGCGUCUCCGUGCAGCUGCUCCCCAUGGCGCACAUCACCUCUCCGCGUUGCGGCCUCGUCAGCGGCCAUGACGGCGAGGGGACGGCCGACUUCCUGCCGCACGUCAAGUCGAUGGCCCUCGCCGUGUACACUUCGGUUGAUCGUGUCAUCUCACCCAGCCUAAUCAAUGCCAACCGCACAUUAACAGGGAUGGGCCCGGCUGCUGAAAAGGAGGUUAUCUCAGCUAACUUCGAGAGUGUCCACAUUCGCCGCGUUUACUCCCCUGCCUACACUCUGGCUCAGUCGCAUGAUCUCUGGGGUCAGUGGGACAUGCACCCCGCCGAACCCCUUCAGCCAUCCUCUGUGCUCUUUGUCUCGUAUUGCCUGUCGGAGGAUCAGCAAUGGCUUCUGGCGACUUGCACAGACCAGUACGGUACCCUCUCACAGCAAACAUUUAUCAACAUUCGAACUCCCGAGUCCAUGUGUACACCUUCGGGGGUGACAGUAAACAAAUCGAACACAGCGACGGACACUUCUCACAUCUCAGCUCGUCGUCUGGCCCUAGCUCGACUCUGGGACUUCAUCAUCUCACUGCUGGCUACCACCUCUAAUCCUUGGCGACUGGUUAUUGGACGACUGGGGCGGCUGGGACAUGGUGAACUUAGAGGCUGGUGCGGUUUACUGAGUCGCAAGAAUCUCCAAAACGUCAAUCGGUCCCUCCGUGCCAACUGUGCUUUGUGCAAUCUGGUCACCCUGGUUCCCUCCACUUCUAACAAUAACGGACCAAGUUAUCGUGGCAGGUCGACGGCCACCAUAAGCCUUACUGCGGAUUCCCGAGUACCCAGUUCGUGCGUUCAUGAGACGCCUUCGCUCAUAUCUGCCUGUCUAGUUUCCACAGAGCCUCACUCCACUUUCCGCCUCUUUCCUGGCUCUGAUCUCAAUACUGGUGAUUUUGGCGGUCCUGGAGGACAUGGCAGUAGCAGUCACGGAGGUGGUGGCGGGGGAAGUGGCGGUGUAGGCGGAGGCAGUGGCGCUUCAGUCUCGAGCGGAAGUGGGGGCGUGGGAAGUGGGCCUGCCGGACAGGUGCCCGCGGGGCCCUUCGCUAAUGGAGUCAUAUCAGCUGCUGGAUAUGCCCCUAGUACCACUCACAUUCUCGUUUUUCCCACCAGCACCUCAGCUCAGGCUCAGUCUGAGCAAGAUGAUAUUAACUUUACAGAAAUAUUUGGCGACUUUUACGAAGAGAACGAGUUUGAUGAUCAUGCCGCGGUCGGUAUGCCCAGUUUGGAUACCCUCACCACACCUAAUAGCGCCGGACCUGGUUGUAAUCUGGCCAGCGCCGUCGUCGGGGGUGUAGGUGGAGUUGGACCCUGCUCGGGAGUGCCCCAAGAUCCAAACGGGGGAGGCACCGGUCUGCUCAUUUCAUCGCUAAUGCGGGGCGAUGUGCCUGUCGAACCGAAUACCCAGGGCAUGCCCUACGAGGCUGCCUGUCGCGAGCGCGCCAAAUUCCUACUCGAAUCCCUCCUUCCAUUUGGUGUACCUGACCCACAGUCAGAAAAACCUAGCCUGAUGCAACAACCGCUGGCUUUGGGUUAUCACGUUUCCACAGCCCCAGCAGGCCCCCUGCCUUCGUGGUUCUGGGCCGCGUGCCAACAGACCCGACGAAACAGCCCAGUUUGCUUAAAAUCCUCUCUACAUUUGCACUGUACGUUGGUGGGUGUUGACGACGACGCAGCAGCUCACGGCGGCCAGCAGUGCUCUUCUAAUUCCGCUAAUGCAGGAAGUCAUCUGCUCGACUCAAAUGUAACAUGUGAUGUGCUCCGCUUCGUUCUGGAAUGCUACAAUGCUCUUUCUUGGCUUUCCUACGAUCCCUGCAUUAACGACCGACGAUCCUGCCUGCCUGUGCACAUGCUGUCACUGGCUCAGCUCUAUCAGGCUGCGAAGGCCUUCACAUGA